GCACACAGCUCGUGCCCCACCCCAAUGCACACACAGCCCCAUCCGCGCCUCCCCAUCCAUCCCCACGAGCAGAGCAGACAUACACGCGCGCAGCAGCCGUGCCACUAUAAAGGGGUGAGGCUGAGUGAGAAAGGAUCCGAUCCCGCAUCCAGCAACGUCCGCUCCCACUCGCAGGACCAACAUCUUCCCCCAAGGCAGCAUGGACGUGUUCAAGAAAGGCUUCUCGAUGGCCAAGGAGGGCGUCGUGGGCGCCGUGGAGAAGACAAAACAGGGAGUGACCGAGGCGGCCGAGAGAACCAAAGAGGGCGUCAUGUACGUGGGCACCAAAACCAAAGAAGGUGUUGUGAACAGCGUUAACACAGUGGCCGAGAAGACCAAGGAGUCGGCGCAGGCUGUGAGCGGUGCGGUCGUGAGCGGCGUCAACACGGUGGCAGGCAAGACGGUGGAAGGAGCCGAGAAUGUCGCCGCAGCUGCAGGCAUCCCCGUGGAACCGACUGAGCCAGGGGCAGAGCCAGGAGCGGAGCCAGGUGAACAGGAGGUUGAGCCACCUGCCCAGCAGGGGGAGCAUCAGGCGGACAUGAUGUGAGAGGCCGCAGAAGAUCGAAAAUGAUAAAAUAACAAAUAACCGACAUGGGUAGGGGAGGGGUCUGGGGAAGAUGGCCGUGCUCGGUCCGUCAUUUUAAAACUGGAAACAAAUAUAUUAUUGGCGGUACAUUAUUUAAAUAAACUAGAGUAAACUAUAAUAUUAGAUGUUUUAAUUAAGCAAAAAUGUAUAGACCUCAUUAGUGCAACACGAUGGCAUUACCUGCUUUCUGUAGCAAUAGGCAAAUAGCGAGGCGUGUAAAUGUGGCACACUGGCAGCUAGGUGAGGUUUAAAAUGCAUCGCGCACAACGCAGACACGGCCACGCGUAUAUACUCACACAUACACACACAAUACCGUAUGUAGGCUACACGCACAUGCAUGCAAAUCCACACAAACUAGGCAUGCAGUGAGUGUAAAAAAAACAAUCCUUUCCCAGUUGCUAUUAUUAGACUUUCAUUCGCUUUGUUGGGCAUCUUAACGGAAGUGACACACCGAUGAAACCCAUCCGUCUGGACUCAUUCGGACGUUCUCCCACGCGUGCCCGGAAUUCUAAUGCAUGCAGGGACCAGGUUGCGUCGGUGACACCGCGCUUGUCGGAGAGCGAGAGACAGAACGUGUGUCCCGUGUUGCUGAGAGGUCUCUUCCAAUCAGCAACUCCAAACGUCUUGCCCAACGUUAAUGCAUGAGUAGUUAUGAGACAAUUGCGCGGAGCGAAUUGCAGCCGUGAUUUGUAUUUGGCCCCUGUGUAAUGGUACUGAAUGCAUACUUUGGUCAUGCACUUGCAUACACAGAUGUAUUUUUAUUAUUAUUAUUAUUUUAGAGUUUAUAUUUUUCAAUGCGUAAAUGUGUAGCCCAGAUUACCAGGAAUCAGAUUUUACACUCCAGUGUUUAUUUAUGUACGUGUUUGAAACCAGGUGAUAAAUAGGUGAUAUGUGAUAGCAUGGAUAUUCCAGUCAUUCGCGAACGAUUAAAAUGGCAUGCAUGAAACCGUGGAUAAUAUGGAAUGCAUGACAGAUUCCUCCAAUCAAACUGGAGCAAUGCAGACAACCGGAUGAAUGUCUCACUUCGGCAAUGAUGAGGAAACAAGACUUUCUGUGGAUGUUAAAACAGGCCUGCAUUGAGCAACCGACGCCACGUUGUGGUUUUGGCCAGUGGCUUUUAGGGUCAUGUAGCCAGAGUGAUUUUGUCAAUUGUAUGUUCAAAGCAUGUUUAUGGACCACAUCGAUCGCUAUGGAAGAAAGGUUAACUUUAGUGUAAUGAGAUGGGUGUUUGAGGUAGUAGUAGUAAUCUGUACGUACGUGACCGUGUGGAUCAGGUGAGUUUUACUUCCAACGAAGCAUCUUUAUCAAACAAGCAUCUGGUCUCAAAAUGCAUGCUUGCUGAUAAUUCUCGGGAUUUCGCGGCAGGAUAUUGCGAGAAGCGUUCGAACGUUGCCUAGAGCACGACUGCAGCGUGCUGCACGUAUCAUCAGGUGGUUGCAAAGAGCGGGGCACGUGUGCGGGAUGGAGGAGGGCAUGUAGUUUACCGAUGCAGGUGACCGGGGUGCAGACCUAAAGCCAGACGGUGCUGAUGAGACCCGUGAGAGAAGCCACCGGACGAUUGGUUUAUUGGCUAAGCAUUCAAAGAUGGAAUAAAUACAGUGACUAAUAGAGGCGACGAUGAGGUGAGAGGGCAUCAGCGGCAUGUGUACAAUUCGAGACGUGUAUACGCAUGUUACGGGAAGCAGGUGAGAGCAUGGUUGAGGAAUUGUGUGCCGUGUAGAAGUGCGGAUGUAAAGGUGCGGGAUAUAAAAUCUGUCCAAACAAAUGUGCAAAAAAAAACCCCAUCGUAAAAAGUGCAGAUUCCAGUGAAAGACGAAUAAUGGUUCACACGUUUGCCAUCUGAGAAAAUAACUCGACGUAGUGGGCCGCAGGGACAGUACAAAAAAAAUCAAUUGUUGUACCGUACUUAUAUGCUACCGCGUCUGUGACUCCCUUUCACCUACCUGCACUGAGCAGCGUGAAGUGUGGUCAGAUGGAGCCCCGUGACAUGUACAGUAGUACGUGUAGAGGCCGUCAUCCAGCAGUGGAUUGACACAGGUCUGUACUUGUGGUGGGACCAAUCUUUCCACUGAAAGAUGACUCUUGUGUCCACCAAAGAGCUACUCAUUUUAUGCACCCUGGAGGGAGAAUGAGCUGGAUCCACCCCAUAACGGGAUUUGAACAGGUUCUAGAGAGGCAUAACAUAAAUGAGUUACUUCAAAAUAUAAAACAGAAUGAUGAAAAUUAAGCCAUGCAAUUAGUUACAUUAAAACCAUGUCCAAACAAUUGGAUAUUAUCGUAAACUUAUAUUCGCUGAUAAUCCAAUCCAUGAUUUAAAGUCGUACGCAGAACUUGUUUUUAUUAAACAAAAAUCAAUCUAGCAGAUGCUAAGCUUACCUCAUUACCGAGGAAUCGUGCUGAAAUUAAUCUCAAACCAAAUUUUGUAUUUUGGCAAAGGAGUUUGGGUCACAACCGAAGCUGCAGGGGGGCGGGUUUAUUGUUAACCAAUAGGCGUCGUCGCGAGUGAAACAACAACAUGGCCGAAACUCUUGACUUUGGUAACUCUUGCAGUGAGACUCAUCCUGGCCUCUUGUUGUAUCUCACCUGGCUAAACAAAAUGGCCUUGAGAUUUCCCUUCAUAGCUUUGCGUCGCCACUUACUCUCUGUACUGUGUUUUAUUCAGCGUUUAAUGUUUAUACAGCAGGUGGAUGUAUAUGUAUCGCCAGUGGUCGGAAUUCACACACUUCGAGCCAGAGUACAGGUGGAGUCACAGUUUCACUCACUCCUGCAUCUCCUUCACGGUGAUUUCUAGCAGAAAAUUACAAAAGCGUGCAAUCACCUUUUAAUGCAAACGUUAAAAAGAACCAGAGAAACCCGUCAUUUUGCCAGAGCGCGCGUUCGUGAGCUGGUGCCUUUUCCAAAUUCACAAACUUAAAAAAAAAACUCACGUCCAAUUGUUAAACCAUAAUGACAACUCGUCCUGGGUACCCCUCCCACGUCUCGACCGUUUGCGAAAGAGGAUGAAUCUCGGUGGGCCUCAGCCUUUCUAAAUAUAGGACGCUGAAUUCGAGUGUGAAAACACUAGCAUGUCGUGUUGUGUGCAAUUUAAUUGACUAAAAGCUUUUGUUACAAAAAAUUAAUUUCGAAACGUUUUUUCAUAUAAUAUGAAAAAAUACUUUUUUACUAAAUAGUGGUGAAUGGGUUUAAGGAUUACAGUAUUUGAACAAUGCAUUACAUAUUUGUGCAUGGUAGUGUGUGUGUUCUUUGUUAUCCCAUACUGACGGGUAGAAUUUAGAGCUAAUGCACUGCAGCAAAUGCUCGUUUUUGCCAGCUCCGGAAAUGAAUGAAAGGACAAACUCUGCGGCUCAUGAUUGUGUUGCCAAUGACCAGAUGCAUGCAUUGCACGUGCACAGUUACCAAAAUGAAUGGGCGACUGAGCACAAUCAAGGUAGCAAGCACAUCGUGCCCCUGGUGUCAUUCAGAAUAGUAUAUGGAGCGUGUUAGUGAAUAAAUAGGUGCAUGGACAUACCAAGGCAAGAAUAGUUCCCCGUUUAGUUGUGUAGAGCGUUGGGGAAAAUGUUUUUUUAGUGAGCAUCUUCAGUGUUAAGGCAUGCUAAGGACUGUGGUUUGGCAAGCACGACCAACUCCCGUUCGUUUUUGUCCCCCCCCCCCCCACCCUUGCUGAUGUUGACACAUUGCACCAGGAAAUACAUUGUCUUGUGAGUCCACCUGUGGGAUUGUCAGGCCAGGACCCAUUUGUGUGUCAUGGCCAAGAGUCUAACCUCUGGGUCGCAGUGAUCAAAGCAUAGCCAAUCUUAGCGUCUACGCCACGGUUCCGCACAGGUGUAUGAACACACGGACCCGCACACCCUCACACACACGGGCACACUCUGCAUUAAACAACAAUUAUAAUUGUCCGUGGCACUGAGAGAUAACUCCGUAAUUACAUCUCUAAAGUAUUAAAAUGCGCAAAUUAUAUUUACGAACACAAACUGACAGCAGGCCACUCUCAUCAGGGCAUAGUUUUUAGUUAUUUCCGUAAUAAUAUUCGAACAUAAAUUAAACCAUUACCGUCGAACAGAUGGGCCUGUAAUCGACAAAGCAAUGAUGGCUUCAAGCUGAUUACGACAUUUGCAUUUGGCACUUUCUCAAAUAUCCCAUCACGUCCCAACAAAAUUGGCUUUGCCCUAGAACCUAAUCUUAGCUGCCACCGUGACAUCGUUUGAGCCUGUGCUUUGGACGCGGGUGUUACGUAUUCAGUGUGCAACCAACGUGUUCAAUUGUGAGAUGCCAAGCAACUGAAUACGUUCACUCUCUCUUAAAACAAAACAUUUGCCAUUUAGUGGAAUAAAGAAGGUCUCAUGGAA